UGCGACGCAGGUGACAUGGCUCCGGAAUCUUGCGGUGCUGCUUCCCAAUGUUUCCACGUUGUUCCGCGUUUCAUCAGUCCUCGGAGCCUCUGAGAGUACGAAAGGAUAGCCUUGACCCCUUUGAGAGAUCAUACAACUUCAACUUCAAAAAAAGGAAAUGACAUAACCAUCGCCAUCAGAUCCACAAAUUGACUACUAUCGAUCGUUCUCGUCUUCGUCACUAGUCCAAAAAAAUCUAUCACCGUUAAAGAUAGCUUCACUCUCUCACUUUCGCUUUCGCUUUUGCUGUAUUCUGCUUUUUCUCGUUGUAAAAACUCAGCCUCAACAUUGCCCACUCUGUGGAGUCAAUCGAACACAUAAAAAAAUGAGUCAACGCAGAACUUAGUGCGAGCGCUUGACUGAUUUUUCUAGAUUCUACUAUCUGUGCGCUCAUCCGAUUCAGGCGCAGCUCUAGAAGUGAUCCGUGAUGGUUUCCUGCUUUUGCAUGUACUGGUUCUGUAUUCUCGGUCUUCGAUGAAAAUCGAACUGAGUGAAGGGCUUGGUCUGUUUACUGUCCACCGUGAAAAAUCUGUAAGAAAUGGUCCUCUAGAAUCGGUCGUACUACCCGCUAUUCAUCAUCAUGAUAAUUAGAUGCGUGGUGAGUGGUGCCCUCCUACUCCUAGACUCCAUCUUAUUCUAGUAAACAGCAACAACAAGUGGUGCAGCGCAUUACAUAUUAUAAUUCCUCGAAAGAACAAGUAUAUGUAAUCUCGCAUCUCUACGACUCACUGACAAUGGAAUUUGACAUGCCGUUUUCCAACGCAUAGCAAGAUGAACCUAGUUCCUGGUGUAUGAUUCUGCUCUCUAAGACAGUUGUAAAAAUAAUUGCUAGGUGCUGGAUGUCGACGUUGUAGUCAAUAGCAGUGCUGAUUUUCUACAAGAUCACAGCCCGCUCGUCGCAUCUUUAAGGAGAAGUAACGGAUGUUUUUGUAGUGGUACAACAACCAAUAUUAUGGUGGAAUCAGUUCUUGCCUCAAGCAACAGAGGUGGUGCUGGCACACCCAGCACAACUCUAGGUGCAGGGAGAAAAUUAGAUAAUGUUGGCGAGUACGUUCGAUGUGUCGUUACUGGCGAGGAGAAUGCGCCUGGUGCGGAGGAGGCCUGUCGGGAUAUCGUCUACGCAAUCCAACUGCGUGCCAAAUACAUGCAAGAACAGGACGAAUCUCUACUGCGGCAGCGAUCCUCCAGCAAGAAAAAUGGUCGAGACACACAGGACUCCUCUACGGAAGUUAAGGCUCCUCCCACUAAUCCAUCUUCAGAAGCAACUUGAAGGUGUUCCACAAGAAGACAGAAGCACCAAGAUGCGACUUCUCGGGAUAUUGGAUAAUUAUGCGAAAGCUCUAAUAUAGAUGGCGGCACUUACACGUACGAUUGUCGAGCGGGAGUGUUUCACGUCCAGCAGUUGGAUUGCUCCACAGCUGAUGAGGGUGAUGGCACACUCAAGCCGCCAGCGCUGUUCCACGAGUUCGUCAACGACGAAGCCCGUUUGCGCAGUAUCUCCACGAGUGGAGGCACUAAGUCCUUCUGUCGGCGAGAGUUAGGACUCUUGCAGCGCAGUUUCAACAUCCAUCAAUUGCUUAACCGCGAUCGUGAAUACAGACAGAGUCAGCACUGUCGUGGAGAUUUCUACAAGCUUGCGAAGGUAGACACGCACGUCCAUUUGGCAGCUGCAAUGACCGCAAACCACCUGCUAGACUUCAUUCGCCGAAAAUACAUUCAAUUUCCAGACGAGGUGGUCAUGAUGGACAAAAAGAAACCAAAUCCGGAAACUGGUAAGUUCUAAAAUCUACAGCUUUCCUACAAUAUGAUUUUCUUUUGCAUAUAUGAUGAUGCGCUCCUUCUAGUACCUGAACUUGAUGCAGUUGUAUUUUUGAUUUUAGUUCUCUAGAAAAGAAAAAUUGAAAUGGUUUAUUUUUAACUCCUUAAAUAAAAAUAUAGCGUUAGCCUUACUAUUUCUAAUCAUGCAACACCUGAGUCCAUUUCUUGUUCCUCCUCCUCAUUCCACCUCCUUUCACAUGACCCACAUUCCUCUUUCCAUUUUCUUUUUUCACAUGACCCACUCUUAUCUCCUUUCAGGUGCGCCACCCUGCCCUGUCACCUUGAAACAAGUCUUCGAGCGUUCUGGAAUUACCUGCGUGGAAGAAAUGACUGUGGAUAGCCUCGAUGUGCAAGCCGAGGAAAACCUUUUCGACCGCUUUGAUCAUUUCAACGCAAAAUACAACCCGUUUGGAAACAGUGACUUGCGUUUAUGAACAAUCUAGUACUGUCACAGGUAGUUUUCUCAGUCCAUAAUCACGAUUCUGUACUAGCAAGUCCCUUUUUACGGGUUGGAGGAAGUAGAUCCAGUUUCUGUUACUUACUACGUAGUUCAUUUAAUGUCCAGGUCCCUCAUAUUUUUACGCAACUCGUUUACAACGAGGGAGCCCAUAACACUAAGACUAACAGCAGCACUCCUGUUGAAGUUGACCUCGUUCAUACCACACGGUCUUUCUGAAGAGCUCGAAUCACUUGGGUGGACGUUACUUUGCCGAGCUGACGCGGGAGAUUUUAGAGCGAGACGAAGGCAGCGCAAUAUUCACCGAAUACCGAGUGUCGAUUUACGGUAUUAACCGCAAUGAAUGGACAGAACUCUCAGACUGGGUCGUGGACAACAACCUAUUCAGCAAGAACAACAAGUGGAUGGUACAGUGCCCGCGUGUCUUUAACGUCUUCAAAAUUAUGCUCUGGGCAUGAAGAUGUCAUGAUAGAUUGCCAGAUUUUUCGUAGCUGCGAAAGGGCAAGAGAUAGGGAAAUUGGAAACAGGUUAUAAAUAAAUAUAAGUUUGGAACUACAUCGACCCAGUUGUUUGAUAAGUGCAUGAUGAUCGAUUCUUGUUCUUGGUAAGCUGUACCUGAUUCCGAUUCCCUCUAUUUUUCGUACCAAACGACCCUAGCGCACCUUCCACAUCUACUUACGUUAUUUCGACGGAGGAAUUUUCUUCUCUAAUGUGUAGCUGGGUAUGGUGACUACGUUUCAGGACCUUUUGUCGAACGUGUUUGAGCCUCUCUUCGCUGUGACCAUCGACCCAAGCUCGAACCCGAAGCUAGCAAAGUUUCUGGAGAACAUGAGCGGUUUCGAUUCCGUCGACGAUGAGAGUAAGCUUGAAAUCCCGUUGGAGGGAUGCCGUGAACCGGCAUUGUUUGGCAAGGAUCGGAAGAAGGAAGAAACCACCGAUAGUGACAAUCCUCCGUAUGCGUACUGGUGCUACUACAUGCAUGCGAAUCUGUACGUCUUGAACGCUUUGCGCGCUCGCAAAGGCCUAAACACGUUCAAGUUCCGACCCCACUGCGGCGAAUCCGGGUCGCCAUUGCAUCUGAACACGGCCUUUUUGUGUGCGGACAGCAUUAACCACGGAAUUCAACUGCACAACACGCCGGUGGUCUGCUACUUGUACUACCUCUGCCAAGUCGGCUGUGCUGUCUCGCCACUUUCGAAUAACGCACUUUUCUUACGACAUAAAUACUUAAACUAGUCUGAGUCACCGUCAGAGCACACACUUGAGAGCACACUGCAGUCCUCCAGGUGAAGAUCUCGAUCUCGAAGAGAACCAUCAAGGAACUUCGUUUGGACGUCCUCACGAUUCCCCUCAUCACAAUGAAUCUCUCUAAUUUCCAUCCCUUACCGCGAAAACCCAUUCAAUGAGCUGUUCCAGAUCGGCCUAAACGUGUCUCUUUCCACUGACGACCCGAUGCAGUUCCACCGGACCGAAGAGCCGAUGCUAGAGGAGUACUCAGUAGCUAAACAGCUGUACCGCUAUUCCGUGGUCGACCUGUGCGAAAUCGCGCGCAACAGCGUUCUGCAAGGGGGUUUUGACUCGGGUACUUGUAUUUGUAAAUAUGCAGCCUGCAGAACCCUCACUUUCAGUUUCACUUAGCUACUACGACAGAAAAGAUGAGGCUUCCAUCUUGACUCAUUGUCUGCAGUAACCAUGCUGCAUAUUACUCCGAUCAGACUUAUGAGUUUCACAGAAGCACAAGGAGAACAAUACAAAUUUGAAUAAAUUGUUCUUCUCUAGUACUUCCUAGUUCUUAUAGCUAAAUGAUAUAAAUUCUCACACACAUCAUCACAGCAACAAAGGAGAGGCAGUUGGGGAGCCUAAAGUGGAAUUAUUUUCCUUUACCGCUGUCGAAUAAUGCGGACGUGACGAAUAUUCCAGACAUCCGCAUGAGAUAUCGCUAUGAGACAAUUUUAGAACGCAUCCAUGGCAUUUUGCGAACUCUAUCGAUGCCGAGUCUAGCGAUUCCAGGUCUUCCGCACUUGAAAGGGACGCUGCAUGACGCGAUGGCGUUGCAUGCGCGGGGAACGCUAGCAAAUAUUGGAGCAUCUGUCGGACUCCACGGAGAAAAUGCUGUGGCAUCGGCGUCCUCUUUGUUGCGGGAUGACAACGCGAAUAAUGGUGCGAAAUGGGACAGCACAACCUUGAAGCACGUCGUGCAGAGAAUGAGCGGCAAACCUGUGGCCUCCGGGGAAGGCGAAGAUACGGCCGCGCGCGUGACGGAAGGGGAUGGAGAGGCUACGAGUGGAGGACACCACGGGCAGUAUUUGGACCCAGCAGGUAACGGAGGAGCAAAGAAUCCACAUUUUAACGUAGUGGGGGCGACGGCGCGUGGCCUCGAGCCCGGAUCACUGGAGGUGGAACUACCGGAGACGCAAGAUAACGUAGAAGCCGCGCUCGAUAUCGGUGGGACACGCGGGACCGCAAAGCACGUGGGCGUCAAGCGUGCGAGAACGAUAGUGAUGAAGCUCGCAGAGGCACGGCGCAUGCGCGAGCGCGCGGCAGAAUACAAGACGAUGAUGGCAGAGGAGGACUCGCAAAGACACUACAGUCGGAUCCACAUGAGCGCGCCACCGGCCGACGACCCAGAAGAAUCUCGUCGAAAGGAAGCGGUUACGCGCGCACUGCUGCGAGUCGAAGCUUUGCGCGCUAAGUACGUCUUCAAGAGCAUACUCUACGAGCGGGUUGGAGGUCAGAAAGAGAUGCGGACCAUGGCAACGGGUAAAAUCGUGAAGCGGAAAACUCUUGAUAAUGGUGCUAACGGCACCCAGUCUGGCCAGUACACAGGAGGCUCUCCUUACAUGAGCGCGACAUCACCUGCUCUGGACAGCGCUGGAGGUGCAAGUGGAGUUUAUUCCUCGUCCUGCAUCGUACCGUUCACGUACACUUUCGAGCGCGGUGUCAUUCGCAUUGCCCACCAGGGUAGUUCCGGUCGCACAUCUACUCCUUCGGACCUGUUUGCACCGCCACCGAGUUUCGAGAGUUUUGUCCAGGACUACACUACUAUUUGCGCUAUCCUGCAGUCGGCUCUCGUCCGUACCUUCUGCUACGAACGACUCGAAGUCUUGGCGCGCAAGUUUGAUUUGCACAUGUUUCUCAACCAUGAGAUCGAACAGAGCGCAGCCGAGGCGACUCACUCCGACUUUUACAGCAUCGCGAAGGUGGACAACAAUGUUCAGUUGAACGGAAGCAUGACCGCGCGGGAGCUGUUGGAGUUUGUGCGAACGAAGUACGUCGACGAGAUGACUACCUCGGGUCGCAGCGGCGGGACCGAAACGUCAACCACAACAGGAGCCACGUCGCCGGCUCCCGGAAAAGCAGUUGCAGGGCACAACAAGUCUUCGGGACAGGCAGUCAGGAGUAAUGGCAUGGGUAUUCUAGCCUCCAUCUUCAGGGAGGAGUGCAAUAUCGAAUCCGCGGACGAAAUGAGCGUAGACAAUCUGCAAACGCAGGCGGAUGAGAGCCUUUUUCUCCGAUUCGAGCGUCUGCAGGACAAAAAGAGUCCCUUUGGAAGCAGUCGUUUGCGGGAAAUCUUUCUCCGACCGCGAAAAGGAGGUGAUGCUUCUCCAGCAUCAGCAGCAGAUAACGUUGACGUGAAGGAAGAUUUCUUUGCUGAAUUGCUUCGUGACGUGGUGCUGCACCGAGCUGUGCGUCGCAGUGCAACAGAACACCUAAACCGAAAUGACGCGGUUGGCGGUAAGGCCUCAGCAAAAACGAUAGGAGAGUUGGGCACACAGUCUACCGCAAGCGGGAUCGCGCGACGCGGGCACGCCAUGAAGCAGAUUUCGAACGCGGCGAUGCACCGCUUGCACGCCCACACCUACUGCGAGUACCGCCUGACCAUUUUAGGAAAGUCGCGCAAUGAGUGGUUCGAGACCGCACGAUGGGUCCUGGGCAACGACUUGGGCUCGUCGCGCAACGUGAAGUACAUCAUACAGAUUCCUCGUCAGUACGAGGUGGCAGCAUCGCUAGAAAAGUGGCUGCAAAAUCUGUUUGUGCCUGUAAUGGAGGCGACGCGAGAGCCGGAGAAAUAUCCGGAAUUGGCGGAAUUUUUGGCCAAGCACGUGGCGGGCUUCGACCUCGUGGCAGCGCCAGGAGAAAACUUCUUUGGCGCUGGUGCAGGCGGUACUGGAGGAAAAGUCAUCGCGCGUUUGCUUGGAGUGGAUCCGAGGAACAUCAAACCCCCAGAGCCGGCUGCAAAUGGCAACGGCAGAGCUAGUAUUAAGACUUCCCGUAAUUCAUCUGGAGAAAGCAUCUUUGACAUUGACACGUUCUCAACGGGAAAACACGUCAAAGAUGCUGUCCAAGAUGAAUUAGAGUAAGCUCUAAUAGUAGAAGUUCCAGGAACAACAAGAAGGGGGUACAAAAGUCUUACCCUGUCACCUACUCCGCGUACCUCUACUACAUCUACGCGAACGUCUACAUGCUGAGUCGCGCGCGAGAAGCGAACGGCCUGAAUGCGUUCAUGUUGCGUCCGCACUGUGGAGAGUCUGGCGACUGGUCUCAGUUGGCCUCAGCGUUUCUCCUCUGCCACGGCAUCUGCCACGGCUUACAGCUCAAGUCUAACCCGGCGAUCGCCUACAUCUACUACCUCAUGCAGAUCGGAGUCACGAUGAGCCCCCUUUCCAACAACGCGCUCUUCAAAAAGCUCCGGGAUCACCCUUUCCUGGAUUUCUUCAGGUACUUGUACAACUAACCUGUUUGUUCUGAUUUGGAACCACGGGCACUCUCUAACGUUAACCUGUUUGAGUUUGUUCUGAUUGUCUUUCAGCUACUCUUCUUACAUAUUUCUAUUUGUAGUUUGUACCAUUGAGUGACUUGAGACCACUAUCUAACCUGUCAUUUGUAAGCAGAUGAUGAUGAGUUUUUAGAAUUUGUUUUUCUUCAACUCGGUGUCUUUGAACAAUUGAUGCUGUAGUUAUAAGGAGUUUCUAUCUUCAUCAAUUUACGCCUAUCCAUUUCUCCACCAGGUGGGGUCUCAAUGUUUCUUUGUCGACCGAUAUGCCUCUGGUGUUUCACGCUACUGACCACCCGCUGAUCGAGGAAUACACGAUCGCGCAGCAGUACUGGAAGCUGUCUUUAACGGACUUGAGUGAGAUCGCUCAGAAUAGCGUGUUGCAGAGCGGUUUGGAUCCCGACUUAAAAGAAGAAUUGCUGGGCAAGAUUAGGGCCACUGAUUACAAUUCAUGUCUACAAGUUCAAGUCAUUUUAUUAAUUCUGUUUUCUUUUUGAAAUUUUGAGGUAAUGAAGCCAAGAAAUGAAUUGCUUUGAGCUCUAACAAGAACUGCGUCUACAAGAGCUACAAACAUCCUCAGAAAUACUGGAACAAUGCGGAUAAAAGCAACGUGUGCGACAUUCGCGUCAGUUAUCGCAAGCGCUGCUUUGCGCGCGAGGCAGACAUCGUGCGUUUUCAUGCGGGCCUCGACAAAAACGCAUCCUCGAGUUCUUUGGCGAACAACACGACAUCAUCAAGGGGACCACAAGGCCAGCCGCAGUCUUCCCCAGAAGACGACGCCUUGGAGGACGGUACAAAUCUGAUGGCAGGAAUGGUAGGGGAUGAUGACGAGAAAUUUGCUGGCGAUGAUCCGAGCAGCACGGACCCGGAAGUACGCGAGCGCUGCAGUGACGGGGCGCUCAAAUACGCACACCUUUUGGCGCUACUAUCGACCUCAGGAAAGGUUGCGCCGGGGAGCGAUCAUCGCUUAUGGUGGGAUUGUUCAUUUUAAUUUUUUUAGAGAUGGGAUGCAGAUGCUUGACCAUGAUUUUAGAACAUGUCCAGGCAUUCACUGAUGUGCACUUACUUAUAAUAUAUAUAGAUAUAUAUAUACUACUGCUUUGCGGCGUAGUUGAGCUGCUUGCAACAUGCAAGUGGAAGUGCGAGGAAUGUUGGAGAAGAUUUCCAUUUUCCUAUUUUUCGCCUUGCAACCUGAUGUUCUAGAAAUCUUCGAGGCACAACAUCAAGAAUAGCAAGACAAACAGGAGAAUCAAUAGGCUUGUGCUUGUGUCCAUUGGGUUUGGGAGAAUGAAUGUUGCUUCAAACUCGUCUAAUUUUCACGCCGCUGUCUCAUUCUGACUUGGCGCACAAUAUGGCGCAAGUGCGAGCCGCCGCAGACGCCGACGAGGGUAACAUGUUUUUAGACACGUUAAAAUUAAGGCUUGAGGAAAUCCAUCUUCCCAGACAUCCUUCCCCUGUUUCUAAAGGGAAACGAGUCCGGAGAUGCUCACGGGGGUGGAUUUCUGCAAGUUCUAACACAAGGAAUUCGCAACGGUGAUUUCAUGAACCGUUCUGCUACCAACCUCGACGACGCAGAUCGCGGGAGCUGCGCGUGCGUUCUCAUGUGAUAAAGAUUAUGGAUUUGGAUGUCUGUCAUUUUUGACUCGCGUAAAGCUUGGGAUCUAGGAGACGCUGACGAUUACGCAUAACAAAAUCCACGGUGUAGAAGACAAGCACAAGGAAAAGAUUCUAUAUAAGUCAACAGGAAAAGAAAAUCAAGAUCAACGUAGCAGAAAUGAAGUAGCUGCACUUUAUAUAUUUAUAGUCAUACUAGUACGACUAGAAAAACUUCUUAUUUACGACCUCCUCACGCUCAACCAGACAAUCACAAUAAUUGCAAAAGUACAACCAGGUUGAGAUGAUGUAUCAAAAUAUUAUAGUAUACAUAGAUACAGAUACAAGAAGCAGUGUAGAAGAAGAACUGCCUGGACAGACGCCAUCAUGAUGAUAAUUAAGAACUAAACUAUAAUUACGAUUAAGAGUAUAUGAAGCAGGUUGACGUUAAUAAGUAGAUAGUGUCCUUGUCUGUGGUUGUGGGUUUAUUUGGCGAACCGGUACCCCAUUGCGAAUAAACCUGCGCACACAACCAUAGAGCUGAGCACUCACCGGAGGCGUUGAGCAGGGCUCCGGCCUGCCUUCGAAGGUGAGACCUCUGGGGCUGACAGGACCACGACAGCGCCGGCGCUUAAUUCGUAGUAGAUAACUACUUGCCUGCCUUUUCUUUUUUAUUUCGGUUUUUGUUUUUUCUAGCUAGGUAUGCUCCACCAACAUUAUAAAAUAUGAAGCAGGUUAAUAAGUUCAGGACUUCCUUGGACAUUUAUUCUACAGCAGAUGCAAGCUUGUUUUAGUAUGAUACGAGAUGUUGAAUGAAGGAAAAGGAAUACAUCAGAACUCAUUUGAAUUUUCUUGGCAUAUUAACACGCGGAAUAAGUUCAUCUUGCAUAGGGCGCCUACUCCAAUGGGCUUGAUGGUAUUGAUCCUCUAACUUUGUUCAGUGUGUGUUAGGCAUAGUACUUCUCUGAUGAAGUAGUCACCGCCCUUCUGGUUCUAAACAAACUAAGCUCAGUGACUAGCGAUUGACGACGGACCGUGUCCAGAUAGCCACAAGAUGCAAGAUGGCUACUUCUUAAUCAUAGUCUGACAAGAACUUCAAUCGCUCUUAUAAUGAAUCCAUUUGCAUAUCGAUCGUAUUAAUUAUAUUUUGUUUCGUCUGAAUUUGAUUUGCGUCAACGCAACGAGACAUCGUGGAUGAAGUCCCCUCUCCUUGUUGUAUCAAAGCUUGCUCAACAACAACAUUCCACGACCACAUCAAUCAAUACCAGCAUUAGUCACGGCUUCAGCAUCAGAUGCCGUCAUGGACACAUACUCCUGCUCCCGCGUCAUCAUUCUCGUUUGUUCUCAUCUGUUUUGAUCUCGUAUUAUAGCAUCAAAC